AUGGCUCGUAUUUUCAGCUCAUUCGCGCUCCUAGCUCUCGCUUUCUCUCUAGCCAUAGCAUCAGACCAUAGCCCUCUUCAAGAUUUUUGUGUGGCUGACACAAACAAUCAAGUUGUGGUGAAUGGAAUGACAUGUAAAAACGCAAGUUUGGUUCAAGCGAGUGACUUUUAUUUUAGUGGGCUACAUAACAAGGGAAACACCUCAAAUGCACUUGGGUUCAGGGUGACCCCAGUUUCCGUGACACAGUUACCAGGGCUCAACACUUUAGGAAUCUCAUUAGCUCGUAUUGAUUACGCACCAUUUGGGAUUAACCCACCUCACACGCAUCCUCGUGCCUCUGAAAUCUUGACCGUCGUGAAAGGCAGUCUAGAGGUUGGAUUUGUAACAUCAAACCCUGAAAACCGUCAUAUUUCUAAGAUACUGAAAAGAGGUGAUGUUUUUGUUUUCCCCGUAAAUCUUGUACAUUACCAAAGAAAUGUUGGAAAGGUGAAUGCAAUUGCGAUUGUGGGGUUGAGUAGCCAGAACCCAGGGGUGAUCCCAAUUGGAAAUGUGGUUUUUGGUUCGAAACCAGAUAUAUCUACUGAUAUUCUUGCCAAGGCUUUCCAAACUAGUGACGACGUUAUCAGUAACCUUCAGGUCAAGUUUUAA